GAACGUAUAGUGAGAACAGCCCUGCUGACACCUAACCAACACAAUCCGCAUCACCUGAACUUUAGGUUUAGGCUAUGGUGCAAUUUUUGGAACCUGCAACUUUGUUACUGAAAGAUAAAUAGAAUUUCAAAAGGUUCCUCCUGCGACACACGAACCGAGACGCACUGGACAACAUGACGCUGGACACCGAACGGACACGCAUUAAACUAUUACUGAAGUACGCCUUAUAGCAGUCUAAACUAUAGAAAUCGCUGUGAGAAAGUGAGAAAAGAAGAAUCGAGAUGUCCUUUUGACUUCCUGAAGUGACUGACUCAGAGAUCAGAUAUCCAACCCACAUGGCCCACGGCAGCGAUCAGUACACGUCUCUAAACUGUCCCGAGGAGAAUGACGAAACCAGGAGUGAAGAGUUUGAGUCAGACCUUCACAACUGUUCCACAACCAUCCAACAUCUUCCACGGAUGGAGCAGCAUCACACCGUGAGCUACACUCAGCCCUCUCUGUCUGCGUUCUACACCCAUCAGACACCCUUCCCCAGCUGGGACGGUCCCGUCAGGGCGGGUUCACCCCACAGCCUGCCCUCCUUCCUCCCGUCUGCCAUGUACCACGUGCUUUCAGAGGACGGCUCGUUUUUGUCCAGCAGGCCGCACUCUCUUCCAGGCAGCUGUAGUCCGAGUCUGGAGAGUCUGGAGUAUCCUAGAUCCCUGCGCUCGUUUUCUCCAUCAGCGAGCAUGUACCACCACCCCUCGUACCCUGAGACUUACCUGCGGCCGCCGUGCCCCCCGCCGCCUCACAUGAUUCCCCUCCAUCACUGCAGCUCCAGAGCCGGACAUCAGCCGCCCUACAGACCCUCAGGCCUGACGCAGUACAGACACAUGGACACACGCUUCUCUGAAAAUGGAAAUGCAUCUGUGAACUCCAGACAGGCCAGUCAGUGUGUCACACACCUGCCACAGGAACAGAGGAAAGUUUUUGUCACGUAUGAAGCCGACAGUGAAGAGCACUUGAAGGAGAUCAUUAAGUUCGUGUCUUUGCUGAGGAACAACGGCUUUGACACGCAUAUUGAUGUUUUCGAGCAGCAGCUGAACAGCAUCAGUAAGAUUGACUGCAUGGAGCGAUAUCUCAAUGAGAAAGAUUACCUGAUCAUCAUCAUCAUCAGCCUGAGGUAUUACGAGACCAUAUCAGGCAUGAAUAUCAGCGUGGAGGGCGACGAGAGGACCUCAAACACCGUGUACAUCCACAAACAGCUGCAGAGUGAAUUCAUUCAGAACGGUUGCAGGAACUACAGGUUCAUUCCUAUUCUGUUCCCGGGGGCUAAAAAGUGUUACGUUCCCACCUGGCUGCAAAACACGCACGUCUACAGCUGGCCGAAAGAUCGGGACGAUAUUCUGCGCAGGUUAAUGCGUGUGGAGAAAUACAACCCUCCUCCCAUCGGCCCUCUGCCGACCAUCGUCUCCAUUCCUCUUUAGAGAUCACCUACUACUUGACUAAUGACCGAGAACCAACACCAGCCACCAUUAACAUCUGCGUUUCCACUUAUUUGAUCAACUACUGAAAGUUAAAGGAAUUGGUUCAGCCAAAAAUGCUGGAAAUGUGCUCAUUCUCAAGCCAAAACUUGCUAAAAUACAAGUCCAUAAUCCAUAAUAACACUUCCUCCAGUGAAAAAGUGCAUCUUUUGAUGUUAAAAUCCAGCCACAUGUUUGUUUUGAGCUGUUUUGGACUGCGCAGAUUUCUCUCCUGAUUCAGACCAGAUCACUUUUUCACUGUAGGAAGUGUUAUUAUAGAUUAUAGACUCUUAAUUAGCGUCUGAAUGCUGGAUUUGUUUCAGCUUCUGUCUUUUCCAGAUGUUAACUGAUGGA